CUUUCGUUCCAGUAUCAAUGCGGUCUGAAAGGCAAAGAGAAACACAAAUUUGAUAACAAAGAGCCGAAGAAGCUCUUAGAGCCACACCGAUUCUACAAUACAAUGGCGCUUGCUGUUGCCGCUGCUUCUUCUUCUUCAAGUUCUGCAAUUACCGGUUCCAGUUUCUCCCGUUCGAUUGCCGCCUCUGACCCUAAAGCUCCGCAAAUCGGUUAUCUUAGGUUGUCGAGUCGGCCUAAUGUACCAGCGUCGUCUGUGAAUUAUUAUUCCCAGAGACGAUGCUCUGUAGAGCCUCUACAUGCCGAACCAAAACGGAGCGAUUCCGUUGCUCCUCUGGCAGCAACCUCCGUUGCCCCCGGGGUGGUUGAGCAAGCGGAGGUUGAGGACUACGAGUCAUUAGCUAAAGACCUUGAAAAUGCUUCCCCCCUUGAAAUUAUGGACAAAGCCUUAGAGAAAUUUGGCAAUGAUAUUGCAAUUGCGUUCAGUGGUGCUGAAGAUGUUGCUUUGAUCGAGUAUGCCCAUCUAACUGGUCGACCAUUUAGAGUUUUUAGCUUGGAUACUGGAAGAUUGAAUCCAGAAACAUACAAAUUUUUUGAUGAAGUGGAAAAGCAUUACGGUAUCCAUAUUGAGUACAUGUUCCCCGAUGCUGUUGAAGUUCAAGCAUUAGUCCGAACCAAAGGGAUGUUUUCUUUUUACGAGGAUGGGCACCAGGAAUGCUGCCGUGUGCGGAAGGUGAGGCCUCUGAGGAGGGCCUUGAAGGGGCUACGAGCAUGGAUCACUGGUCAAAGGAAAGAUCAAUCCCCUGGUACCAGGUCUGAAGUUCCUGUAGUUCAGGUGGACCCUGUUUUUGAAGGGCUGGAUGGUGGCGUUGGUAGCCUGGUUAAAUGGAAUCCAGUAGCUAAUGUUGACAGUAAAGACAUAUGGAACUUUUUACGAUCCAUGAAUGUGCCUGUUAACACAUUGCACUCGCAAGGAUAUGUCUCAAUUGGCUGUGAACCAUGCACAAGACCCGUCUUGCCAUGGCAACACGAGAGGGAAGGAAGAUGGUGGUGGGAGGAUGCGAAGGCUAAGGAAUGUGGUCUUCACAAAGGAAAUCUUAAGCAGGAAGACGCAGCCGAGCUUAAUGGCAACACAAAUGGAGCUGCCACAAAUGAGGACAUUUUUGAGUCUCAGAAUUUGGUGAGCUUGACUAGAGCUGGAAUAGAGAAUUUGGCUAGAUUGGAGGGUAGGAAAGAACCAUGGCUUGUUGUUCUGUACGCACCAUGGUGCCGCUUCUGUCAGGCAAUGGAGGCAUCCUAUGUUGAAUUAGCUGAGAAGCUAGACGGGACAGGAGUUAAGGUUGGGAAGUUUAGAGCUGAUGGCGAUGAAAAAGAGUUUGCACAGCGAGAAUUGCAGCUCGGUAGCUUCCCCACCAUACUAUUCUUCCCUAAACAUUCCUCUCGGCCGAUCAAGUACCCCUCCGAGAAGAGAGAUGUUGAGUCGCUUACGGCCUUUGUAAAUGCUUUCCGAUGAUUGAACCAGAAUGUUUCUGCAAUUAAUCUAUACACAGCCCAAAUGAGCUCGUGGUCCAGGUUGAGUCAAUUAUACAGUUGACACAAGUUGCAGUCUAAAAUAUUCGCAUAAUCAAAGAGUAUCGUUGUCCCAUGUAGAUUUUGGGGUUUGUGUUAAGUCGUCUUUCUAUGUGUUAGCUCAGUAAAUAUCCGUCUAUGAUUGAUUGUUGUAAUCAAAUCAAACUAUGGAUAAAGAGUACGUUGUUUGUUAUGAAAUUCGGCUUUGAUUAA